AUGUCAUUGAUUAUUAACGAAUCCUUCGAAUAUCAACACAAGAAAUUCAAUCAUGGCAAGAGACCCAGAGAUGAUGGCAGCAGUAACAGUUCACAAAGUGGUGACGAUGAAGACCAACUGUAUAUUGAUGUCGAAACGGUGGAGGAGGAGAUACCCAAUACAUACAAUUACCACGAAUCCGAAAUGUCAACAACAACAACAUCAACAUCACCCUACAAACGGCCACGCACAGAAUCAUUUGGCAGUACUACAUCCUAUUCGGCCUUCUCGCCAUUACCACCACCAACAAGAGUCGCAGUGGAACGUCACACCUCAACACCAUAUAUGACGGACAGCAGCAGCAUCAGCCCUAACGCACUCGAACCCACUGCUGCCAUUUUGCCAAAAAUCAGCACUGAAACUUUGGCCAGUAUUUGUAAAUAUCAUGGAAAUAUGGUAAGGAAAUUCCCCAAGAAGCAACGGACACCCAAGGAACAGGAGAGACGUGACAAAAAUACCAUUGCCUGUCGUAUGAGUCGCCGUGUCAAGAAACUGGAACAUGUCGCGAUUGAGGAACAAUAUAAGGAAUUCACACAGCAGACUUUUGAAAUUAUUGAACAGGCUAUGAGAUCCACGGUGUAUUUACAGGAACUAAUGAAACUCUCAAAUGCUAUUGGGAAUGUGGAGAUGACGCAUGGUAUCUUUUUCGAUAUUAAAAGAGAGGAAGGAAGUGCCACGCCUGAAAAGAAAUCAUUUUCCAUUGCAUAUCUGGUGGGAAAUGAGGAGUAA